UAUGCUCUCGUAUCAUUGUUCCGGCGAGAGUUCCUUGCUGCGCGCCGCUACCAAGCAUAAACGUGUGAGAACUGGAGAGGCAAACUCCAGUGGAGCAUUUUCGAUGUUUCUCUGUUGUUUGUUGUGAUACCACCCCUCGAGUGAACCGCGAUCCUUGGCGAGCAGCACACGAGUCCUGGCCAAACAGUCUGUUUUUGCGGUGCAAAAGGUGGCUCCAGUUUAGGCGGGACUAAACCACGAUUGUUUCGACCACUUGUGCUUCCAAACUGUGUAGGCGCAAUAGUGACAAAUUCUUGCUUCAAGUCUACAAGUGCGUGCAGGGAGAUUUACUAGCAUGUAAGUGAGUUUUUGUUAUCCCGUUGUGUAAGAUGCUCGCAUUUAGUCAACGAACGGUAUCAGGAGAGGACACUAAUAAACAGAACAGGCUUUCUUCUUUCUGUAUAGUUAACCGGUUCACACGGAUGAUUAUUUGCUGCGAUCAUCUUCUAAGCUUCCGAUGCUUUCCAAUGUGCGAUACAAAAGUGCAUAAGAAUGGGAUGAAGUUGUGAAGGUUUAAGUGUGGAAAGCGUCAUACUGCCAUGCCACACGCUUCGUUGUUAGUUUAUAGCUAAUCAAUUUAUCGAUCUACGAUGAUGGGUACACCGAAAGUGCAAAAGGCGUGGGAAGCACGGAUUUGUUCCCAAUUCAAUCCUUUAUCUAAAUGAUUCACUGUUGGGAAGGUUAUCGAUACCAUAAAAAGCUGUUUAAUGUGUGUGGCAUUAUAUAAAGGAAAAUUUGAAAACAAAAACAGUUGUAUGCAGUUAACACAAAAACGCGCAGCGCCAAUCAUUGCGAAUCAACAAAGCUUUUUGUUUGUUGCUGCGAGAUUAAAAGAUUUCACAGUCCGCGCCGUCUUACAAAGUAAACAUGCGAGCAAAUAAACGGGGUUUAAAAAGUUUUGCCCCCUCUUUGCCAUAUCGAAACAGUGAAACGCCCGCGUUCGCAAUGCGUCAGAUGAAAGUAAUCGAUAUUCAAUCGAUAUAUUGAUCGGUCGCAAGUCGUGAGCUGGUGUUGGCGCUUCGUAGGCAAAUCGUUGCUACAGUUGCUACUAUUGUUCGGGUGUAUGAGGGUGUUUAUGUGAUUUUAAAGACUUUUGCAUCAAUCGUGUCCCAAUCAGUUUGUAGUGAUUGUUGAUAACGAUGAGGGAAAAUGUGGGGUCGUUUGUUUAAUCAAUUAUGUUUAGUGAAGUAGGAAACAUUUGAAUCGUAUAGCAAAGAUACUGACGGUAUUGUUUAGUCAAUGAAGAUGUUCAAUACAAUGCAUUUUUCUAUGAAGUAAUGUAGCUUUAAACCGGUGCAUUAUUGUAAAGUGUUUUCUCUUGAUAGUUGGUAAACGUUAAGAUGAAGUGAUGUUGAUUUUAAACAAAUUGUGCUUGAUAGGAGAAAACGUGGGUUUACUUUGGGUGUUUUCUGGAGUGGGAAUUUCAUUCUGUGCUGUUGGUUUUGUAUUUGCCUGAUCAAAUAUUGUAGUUGGUAAUAUACGAAUCAACAAAACACACGUUCUCGCUUACAAUCAAUUCGAUCAUGGAUCUCUGUCUCCAUUCGCAGAGACCGUAGCAUACGGCCGUAUCAUGUUUACGGAAUUAUUAUGAAUAGCAAGGCCAAAAUUAGAUUAAAAUUAAUAGGGUGUGAAACUGUAAAACACCAGAAAUAUUUAUAAAAAAAACAGUGUAAACUCUUGCGUGAUUUUAGAUGAUAUGAUACAUACUUUUUUAGGCAAAGCACAAUGUCCCUACUCAUUUUUUCAUUCUGAAGAUCAAUUACUAAAUACAAAACUUAUUUUAUUUCACCACAAACAAAUUAAAAAUUAGAAGGACAAUCGCCCAAACACGUUGUUAAAAUUGUAACGGUAAAAAGGGGGAAAAAUUAAAAAUUGAAUUUGACUGCUCGAACCCCACCACUCGAAUAUUCUCGAGCAGCAAGGUGCGUAUAUACACUUGAGCAAGGUGUGCCAGUGAACGUCAGUGUUGUUGUUUUGAUUUGCAAAUGUUGUGCAGAAAUGGUUUUAUUGCCAUACGAAAUUUUGGCAUAAGGAGAAGCCAAAAGUAAUUCAUCGAUUAAUUAUAUUGUGGACAACGAGGUGAACUGCAAAGAGGUGCAAAUUUUCUUUGGGAUUUAAUAUUGGAACCAUUGCUGAGGAGUGAUAGUCGAUUGAAAUCAUCCCGUAGCAAUGGCCUCUUUGAAUCCACCUGCCUAUCACUGCAUUGUUUGUACGCUGACUAAAAUUCCGUUCGCAUCGCUGAGUAAAGAAAGCCAACAGAAAAUUGUACGCAAUGGGCGGCCAGUGACACAAAUGCCCAACCUAACAUCCCGCUGUUUGAAUUCGCUAAACCUGCACGCAACGGACUGGAUGACGGGAUGCGACCGGGAACGUAAGCUGUACUGCUGGCCCUGCCUACUGUUCAAUACCUUCGAGUACGAUGUGUGGGGCAAGCGGGGAUUUUCCGAUUUCGGUCGAUUAGCAACGGCUCGGAUAGAGCAUACGAAAAAUUCGUCACACCAUGCCAAAAGCAAAACGCUCAAACUCUGGAUCGAAACGGCUAGCGAGAUGAGCGAAAGUAGUGGUGAAGAGGAUGUCGAAUGUAUACCAGAGCUAGAUUUCCUAAAUAUGUCCGCUUCCGAGCUGGAUGAAGAGAUCGAUGUAAAGCCAAACGUGGAAGCAUUGAAUGCGAGUUUAGCUUUUUCGGAAGGUUUGAGUGUGGCACCGGUGGUGGACUUGUGCGAAACUGCCACAGAUGGUAGCGGUGUGGUAACGAACCUUGAACAUUCUGCCAUCGUGGUGGAUUGUGAGGAUGAUAACCCGAAUGAACCGGAAGGGCAGAAUGACCUUAGCCAGGCAAGCAAUACUUCAUCGAGUGCUGUAGUAGGACGAAGUGGUAGCAUUUCAAUAGUGGACGAAUAUGCACGAAUUUACAAAAAGGGACAGCACGACGCCGCUGGUGAAACGAUAAUGUCCCACACCGUGCAAACUGGUGCAGAAAAGUAUCAGCUAAAAUGGCACUCACAUUAUCAAAACAUGAACGUGUCCCUAUCGAAUCUCUACAAAAACGAUCGUUACGCGGAUGUUAUGCUUCUCACUUGCAACGGAGAUGAGAACUACACGAUACCUGCGCAUAAACUAAUACUCGGCACUUCCAGUUUGUACUUUGCAAGCAUCUUUGACAAAAAUCCCGUUCCAUUGAACGCCGUUACGUAUAUCGUGCUUCCACCUGAUCUCACCUAUCGCUCUAUGCAGAUUCUCAUUCAGUACAUGUACACCGGUGAAUCCACCGUCUCGACGGACAUUCUGAACGAAGUGCUUCGUGGAGGAGAAAUACUGAAAAUCCGUGGUCUCUGGCGAAACGAAUGCACCAAACCACCCGGUAACGAUGGUUUGCUUAGUGGCGGUAGUAGCAGCAACACCAAGGAACAACAUGCAUCGAUUGACGGGUGUUCCGGAAGUGGGCCGCUAAUACACGUGAAACGCGACAUGGCCAUAGAUCCGGGAGAAGUGCGGCGCCAUGUAAGCGUUGGCGAUGGAACGCGAUCACGCUCAUUUUACACGAUAAAAAAUCAAGAAACCGCUAACCAAGAGAAUGCACCACAAGUCUCGACAAAUGAGGUAAGCGAAAGUCACAGAAAAGAUCGAGAGAAAAAGCAACAAACGGAUGCGUCUGCUCCGGGGCGAGUGGUGCUUUCCAAUACGAACAAUCCGAGCAAUAAUUGUGUAGGAAAUCCGUCUGCGGAGCAGGGUGCCAUGCCACAAGAGUUGAACUUUCUCGACGUGAAAGCCGAACCAGUCGAGUGGAGUGAUCUUCGGGCAGGGGAACUAGCGAUGCCCGGGAACGGUGAUACGUUGGAUGCUCCACGAAAUCAAGAACAAAAUAAGAACGAUGAAGCUUCAAUCCCACCGAAACAGAUAAAGACGGAAGAAUGUCACAGCUCGUCGACGAUGGAAAAUUCUCACUCUUCGUCCUCAUCCACCGUACAGCCGACGUACUCUCCGCUAACUUGUGAACUUUGCAGCGAAACGUUUACCGUUCCCGGUGAAUGGGUGCGGCACAUCGAGGGCCACAGUGAAACGUCGCAAACGCUCCCGAAACGAAGGCGUCGUGCGGAAGAGUCAGAAUCGACGGACGAAACGGCCGCAUUGCGGUGCGAUUUGUGUGCAACAUUUUACGUAACUCCCGCCGAUUGGGUAAGGCAUGUACAGAAUGCACACACCGAAUCGGAACUGGCGGCAUGCAAUAAGCGUGCGAACCGAACGACACGUAGCCGUAUAUCAUCCACUACUCAACAUUCCCCGACCACUGCAGCGACGGCAGUUACACCCGGAGCAGGAGCGGAUGGUACGCAGUCAGAAAAAUACUGCAGUGUAUGUAAUAAAUCCUUUCCUUCCUAUGCCACCAUGGCCAUCCACAGACGAACCCAUACCGGCGAGAAACCAUUCUGCUGUGAAAUAUGUAACAAGGGCUUCACCGUGAAAUCAAACCUCAUACGUCACAUGCGAUCCGUACACAACCAUGCCGGGUACCAGCCGGCAUCACCACACUCCGACCAGGAUAGUGAAAACUCUGAGUGAAGGUUAAAUGUGCGACUCCUUAAGUAAAUUACCCACUCUGUACUAGGCGGUAUUUUGACAUUAUGUUUGUAAAGUGAUUUUGCUUCUUUUCAACUAUGCAUAGAUGUUGAAAUUUAAGCUUUAAGUAUUAUUCAAUAUUGAAUGGUUAUGAAUGAUAAUGUAAGAAUAUCGUAGAAGUAACGCAGUGUGGGAGAAUAUUGUUUCAAAUAUUCUUGUGAAUCUCGUAGUAGACUAAUAAAACUAAUUGCUUAAUGUUUCGUA